AUGCAAGCCUUCGACAGCGAUUUUGCGGUGUCGGAGAGCGCCUCUGGAUCGGUCUACAGCGCCGACACCCUCACCACAGAGUCUGAUGCCAGUGUGUCCGUCGAGGAGUCUGCCGCGGAGGUGAGCGAUGCCGAAGGGGGGCUCGAGGCCGACGACGCAGGGCUCGCGGGCGGCAAUGGCAGCGACUCGGAGGUGCUCUCCGACGUGGAGGCAGAGCUCCAGGCCCUGGCGCAGGUCCUGGAGGCGGAGGGGGAGCCUGGAGUGCCCACCGCAACCAGGGCGAAGAAGCCCCGUGCGCCCCGCAAGAAGGCCCCCACCCGGUCAGACUGGCACGAGAUCGAGCCGCUGCCGCUGCGCGAAGAUGAGGAUGCGGGUAGUGACCUGGAGGACGUCGUCCCUGCCAAGGUUUUGGAGCAGAUGGAGCCGUCUGCGGAGAUCCUCAUCCCCCUCCUGCCCUACCAAAAGGAAUUUCUGAGCUGGGCGGUGGGCCAGGAGAUGGGCCCCAUCGGCGGUGGCAUCCUGGCGGACGAAAUGGGCAUGGGCAAGACCAUCCAGGCCAUCUCCCUCAUCCUGGCGCACCGCCGGGACGGCGAGCUGAGCACCGGGGCGGAGUGUAGGCGCGUGGGUGCGGAGGGUCCAGAGGCUGCGGCCUCCCAGGCCGGCCCGGCGAGGCCCAGGCUGCGCCUGCGGGGCGUCGCGCCCGAGGCCAUGGCGCCGAUGCCUGGGUCCUCGCCGCCGAGGCUCGCCACCGCCGUCGGCGACGGUCUGCUGGACCCCUCCCCCGGCCCCUCGCCGGCGGGCGCCGAGUGUGGCGCAUGCGCGCACGGGUCGCCGCCCGACACCCCGUCGGCAGCCGCCGCUGCCAUCGCGCCGCGCAGCGACUCGCACAUCGGGGUGCGGCACGGGGACGGGGCCGCAUCUUCGGGACUGGUGCCUUCCGGCGCGACGCUGGUCAUCUGCCCGCUGGUGGCUGUCAUCCAGUGGCGGGGGGUGAUCGAGCGCCACGUGGCACCGGGCGCGCUGCGCGUCGCCACCUACCACGGCAGCAAGCGCACCGCCGACCCGCACGUGCUGGCAGGGGCGGACGUGGUUCUCACCACCUACUCCACCCUGGAGAACGAGUUCAGGCGGGCUUUUGCGGCCGAGAGGGUGACGUGCGACUACUGCUCCAAAAAGUUCACCGUCGACCGCCUGAAGCUGCAUCUCAAGUACUUUUGCGGGCCGUUCGCGAAGAGGACCGCUGCCCAGGCGAAGCAGGAACGGUCCCGCCCCACAAGGCCUCUGAUGCCCAAAGGGAAAACAGGGAGGAAGGACGGCAAAACACAGGCUGGGGCAACGGGGAAGCAGGACGCCGCACAGAAAACGAAAGCUGGCAAGAGGAAGAAGCUGGGGGAGGAGCCACAAGCCGAUGCAGACCCUGACAGCGAUCACCCGACGAACGUGGCGCGGGAGGAGCUCCGUGCACUGCUGGCGGCUGGUGCGAGCGGGGGGCCGCAUGGCGCGGUCCACUGGCGGCGCAUCGUGCUCGACGAAGCCCACAGCAUCAAGGACCGGCGCUGCUCGACGGCACGCGCCGUGUUUGCGCUGACCUCCAGGUAUCGAUGGGCGCUCUCGGGAACACCCCUCCAGAAUCGCGUGGGCGAGCUGUACUCCCUGGUGCGCUUCCUGCGCAUCUCGCCCUACUCCUACUACUACUGCCGUGCCUGCGAGUGCAAGCACCUGGACUACCCCUUCAAGAACGCCUCCCGCACGUGCCACAGCUGCAAGCACGGCCCCCUGCACCACUUCUGCUGGUGGAACAAGUAUGUGGCCAACCCCAUCAAGCGGCACGGCUACCAGGGUCUAGGGCGCGACGCCAUGCUCGUGCUGAAGACGGAGGUGCUGCCCCGUAUCCUGCUGCGCAGGACCAAGUUCCAGCAGGCGGAUGUCCUGGCGCUGCCUCCUCGCUUGGUCGUCCUCCGACGGGACGCCAUGGACGCGGCGGAGGCCGACUUCUAUGAGGCCCUGUACACGCAGAGCCAGGCACAGUUUGACUCCUACGUCGACAUGGGAACACUCCUGAAUAAUUAUAGCCACAUCUUCUCUCUGUUGGUCAGGCUGCGACAGGCGGUCAACCAUCCCUACCUGGUGGUUCACAACUCCACGGAUGCGGCGGGCGUGGUGGCAGGCGGGUUUGGGGCCGGGGCCGACGGCGUCGCCGCUGCCGUGGUGGAGGAGGCCACCCAUGACCACGCUUCGGUCCAGGGGCUUUGCAGCAUCUGCCACGACCCGCUGGAGGAACCGGUGGUCGCCAGGUGCGGGCACGCCUUCUGUAGGGCCUGCGUGAGCGAGUUUACCAACUCGGCCGCGGCGGACACCGUGACCUGCCCCGCCUGCUCCAAGCCCCUCUCCCUGGACCUGGCCUCGCCAGCGGCCACGCCGGGGGUGCGAACUAGCCAGUACCGCAAAAACUCCAUCCUCUCCCGGUUUGACACCGCCCACUUCCAGUCCAGCACCAAGAUCGAGGCGCUGAGGGAGGAGAUCCACAGGAUGCUGGAGCGGGACCCCAGCGCCAAGGCCAUUGUCUUUUCCCAGUUCACAUCCUUCCUGGACCUCUGCUCCUUCAGGCUCCAGCAGUGCGGAGUGCGGUGCGUGCAGCUGCUGGGCUCGCAGUCCAUGGAGCAGCGCAACACCCAGAUUGAGGCCUUCUCCAACGAUCCGGACGUCCGCGUGUUCCUCAUGUCCCUCAAGGCCGGCGGCGUGGCUCUCAACCUCACCGCCGCCUCCCACUGCUUCCUCAUGGACCCCUGGUGGAACCCAGCCAGCGAAUGGCAAGCACUUGACAGGAUCCACAGGCUGGGGCAGUACAAGCCGAUGCGGGCGGUGCGCUUCAUCAUUGCCGGCAGCGUGGAGGAGCGCAUCCUGAAGCUGCAGGACAAGAAGCAGCUCAUCUUCGAGGGCACUGUGGGCCAGGACAAUGCUGCGCUGGCCAGGCUGACCGAGGACGACCUCAAGUUUCUGUUUGGCUGA